UGUUGCAUGAAAGAAAUAGCGUGUGAUGUUUCUAGGUGUCGGAGUUUCCACUAGGAUUGAAUGAAUCAAUGAUGUGCUUCCGUUUUGCUUUCUGAUUCGAUCAUAUCAUACUGUUCAUAGCUUAUGGGACAUCUUCGGGUGCAGAGGGUCGGGGAGCGGGUUUCUUUAAAACUGUUCAUAGUCUGUGAUCUAAUGUGAAAUGACCUGUCCAAGAUAAUUUCCCGGGAAACAAUUCAAUUUUAUGGUAUCGUUAAGUUGACUUUUUUAUUGGAGCUUUGGUUAGUAUGUCAAUUAGACGGGGGACAAUAUGCGGGAAGGCCCAGGGUUCUAUGGCUUCCUGACAUAAUUCCAACAGUACUAGGACUGUAUGACUUAGUUUUUUCCAAGUUGAAGGAGAGCACAAUUGGGAGGCUACAAACAUGAAAACUUGAGCAUCUAGUGUCACCCACCUUCUUGAAGUUGUUAAGCAUGGACGCAGUCAAAGCUUGCCUUUGCAUGUGUCCAAGCUUAACUUUGUAUGGCUUCCAAUUGACAUAAUGAUACUCCUGAUUCUGUGGAGAUGUUAAAGUUCUAUGGUAUAGAACCCCUUUUGUUCCUGUAUUGGGUUGUGAUGAUGCUGUGUGGAGCUAGUGGAAAUUGGUUGUCACUGAUUGUACAUUUAAAAUACCUUUAGGUUUAUACCAAUCUUGCUGAAUGCUGGUGCUGAACUAUAUGCUAGGCCAGUUGUCCCCUUCAGAGUCACUUGUCCCUGAUCUGAUAAUCAAUAAUUGGCACUGGUUUCGGUAUGAGAAUUAUUUGUCUAAUCUUUGUGUGGACCACCUUUAGAACUUGACUUUCAUUUCCUUGUGUUCUACACAAGAGCUAGUUGACCAUGGAUGUAUUUCUUUUGGUACGUGCAAUCCAUCUAAUAAACAUGUCAAGUGCCUGGCAUGCUAUUUAUGCAUGACUUAGCAAUUGCCCAAAAGUAAUGAACUAUAAUGAUUAAGCAACUGGAUUUAUUUUGUGGGUUCGAUCCUUCUGCAUAGAGGAGCCUAUGUUCCUUCUAAGAGACUAAGACUAAGAGUGUGUCGCAAUUAACUGGGUGACGUUUCAUUUUCCCCUCCACUCCUCCCCUCCCUUGUGCACCCCACUGGCAUAACUUCGCCCUUUGCAUCCAACACACUGCAAGACCCCUCCUGUCACCGAUCUCACCGCGGUGGGAUGCAGGUAGCCAGGUAGUCCCUCUCAUCCCCAGUUAAGCUCUUCUUCUGUAAUUAAGCUUGACACUUGUACGUGUAGGCUCUAGGCCAUUUUUUCUAGAUUAGAUUUCAGAUUUUCUCCUGCCUUAUUCCAUGGUGGCUCUCUCCUUCUCUGAUGCUGUCGAACGACCACGUGACAUCCUAUAAGCUCAAGAUGAAGAUUCUGCUUGUUCCUCUGGGCUCCCUUUCAAAAUCUUGCGAAUCGCAUUUCAUAUCAGCCUUCAAAGUUCAAAAUAUCCAAACCAGCAAAAGCCGAAGGUCCUCACACAGAAGAAUGGUUGUGUGGGUCCACAUGCUUGCCAAUGUUGCUGCGGAACAUCUCCAUGGCUGAUGCCUGUGUAGUGAUUAUAUGUUUCAUAAAAGCCUCUUUGUAAGAAGUGGAAUGGUUGCACUGAACUUCGUUAUGAAUGGACUCAAAGUUAGGACCAUUAAGGCCAAAGCACCUUCCAACAAAUAAGAGGUGAAAUAUCUAUUUUGUACGAGCAUGGCUGUAAAUGCAAGAUGCUCCUUCCUUGUUAACUGGUACAUUCAGAUUUAUGUGCCAACUAAUGAAGGGGAUGAUGGUGUUCUGCAAAGGGCAGUGACUCUUGUUCUGCAGAAUAGGGAAGAUUUUGUUGCUAUUCUUUUUUAUGCUUCAUGGUGUCCUUUCUCGAAGAUCUUCAGGACCGAUUUUCAAAAGCUGUCAUCCUUUUUUCCCACAAUUGCCCACUUUUCCUUUGAAGAGUCACAUAUCAAACCAAGAAUGUUAUCAAGAUAUGGAGUCCGUGCGUUCCCUACACUUUUCCUCGUGAACUCUACAGUGCGUGUGCGGUAUCAUGGAUCUCGGGCCAUGAAUUCUCUUGUUAUGUUUUAUAAAGAUGUUACAGGUAUAAAUCCUGUGUCACUGGAUGCAAUAUCUCUGGAGAGAAUGCAAGACAUAGUGAAUAUAGUUGAGAAUGAGAAAAAGACUGAACAGGAGGAUUCUCUGUUCUUAUGGGCAAGAUCACCUGACAGAUUACUUCAUCAGGACACAUGUCUGGCAUUUGCCAGCACUUUUGUCAUCUUGAGGUUAUUCUUUUUCCUUCUUCCCAAGCUCAAUGCAUGUGUGAAGCAAGCCUGGAGGAUGCGACUUCAUGAACUGAAGAGGUUAUUUCCUAGCUUAUCUUGAGGAAGCCAAUACGGAAUUGAAAUUCUAACUAACUAGGCAAGGCAGCAUACACAGAAGGGAGUGGUACAGGCAUCAAAAUGAAAUCAUUUGAGGGUGGAUUCAUAUAGUGGUCUGAUCAAUGAUUAAUCAAAUUGGCAACCAACCAUCGAAAACAGAUAUUCUAGCAGCUAUAUGGGGAAUGAAGGUACAUCAAUGGAUGUAAUGGGUCUGUAAAACUGCAAUUUGCCUGCGGCUUACUGGGGUGGGGUCAGGUGACUUGUGGAACAACUAUAUUGCGUAUUUCAUGUGUGAUCGUGGCACAAGCUAAAAGAUGAGAUGAUUCUGCUCGGUAAUGCUAAUUCGCCCUGAUUGUGAUAUUCCUGUACAGCUACUCAGCUACGUUGGCGUCAGCUACCUCCUAAGAAGCCUAUGUACAAUGGUAUUACUCCUGACAUAAAAACAAUAUUUUUGUUUGUGAGAUAUUCUUUUAGCCUGAGCAUCAUAGGCAGUGCCCAGGAAUCUGACAAAGCCAAUACCUCUCAUGAUGGAUGAUGCAAUCCCUGCCUGUAUGUAUUCUUUGUAUUCUACUCCAUACUACGAUUCCCUGUUUGUCGAUGGAAUUACCUGCCGAUGUC